GCGUAAGGAUACGGUUUGUAGUGAAAUGCCGCUAAUCAAUAUACAAAACUGACAACUUAUUUCAAAUAUUUAUAUAACUUUAUUACAUUCAAAGCAUUAAAUCGAUAGAAAUCUAUAUAACAAACAAUCGUCACUAAAACAAUUGCUUUCCGAAGUUUUAAUAAACAUUUAUUUUCUGUGUUUUUUGUUUCCGCGAAGUUUAAUAUUUACAUUAACACGGCAGUUUUUCGAGUAUCAAGUCCUGAAAAUUCUUAAUUCGACCCGAAGUAUCAUUAAUAACCGCAAAGACAUACGGUAUUUGUAUACACCUUUUCCAGUAUAUUUCGGUGUUAAUUUAAUUACAUGUAAGCACAAACCACUCAUAUAAUCAUCGUUCGGACACAUAUUUCAUCAACAGAAAUUGUGCAUGUUCUUGCUGUACGAACGAAGGAAUGCUACAUUAAAUAUUUACACGAUAUUCACUAUUGAAAUAUAUUUAAGCUGAUCACGUAUUAAAUUGAGUCUUACAUUUCAUUAUCAAGACUGACGCAGCAUAACGGCGGGCGGUACAGAGACUGAUACUGCUAAUGCAUUAAGUGUCCAGGUCGUUCUAACCGGAUAAAUGGAGGGCAUCCACGCUAAGUUGUUAGGAUUUAAAAUCAUUGUGGUUGAAAGACCAUUGAUUUGGUAUUAAGCGCUAUUCCAUAUGACGAAUCAAUUUCGCAAAACGCAUUAUCACAGUUGAAAUGACAUAAAGUGCCGAUGACACGAGAGCUUGAUCGAGGACCAAAAGGCGCGGUGCUGAUUUGAGUCAAUACGUCAAUCGGAACCCCUCGUCAUUUUCUUACCCACGUUCGCAGACGGAGGCGAGGUGUUCCGACUGUCAAUACCUAUAGAUGUUUAGUUUCGACGACUCUUGGAGUCUUGACUGGAUUAUAUACUUUAGUGCCUGCAUCUUUUCAGUAAUGGCAUUUCUGACUCGGCCUGGAGCCAGUUUGAUGUCGUUUGGUGUUUUCAUCACAGUCCUAGUGUCGCCAUCGUCUAUGCAGUCCGAUACAUCAUUGUGCCCAACAUCAAGCGGUUUAUACAACGGGGAAACAGCCACGUGCUUCUGGCGCGUGUCAAGUCUCCUGUCGGCUAAGCUAAGCAUGGAUGAAUGUGCAAAAGAUGGCGGAGUUCUGGCAGUCAUCCCAGAUGCAGCGACCCAGGAGUUUAUACAGACAUGGUACAGCGGAGAACUGGAAUCAGGUUCGGAGAAAUACGUUGGCUACUGGAUUGGUGUAACGGACGCACAGACAGAAGGAGUGUUUCUGACGUACGACGGACAAAUACAGAAUUACACAAACUGGAAAUCCGGGGACCCAAACGACAACAAUAUGCCAGCACAGGACUGUGCGAGGAUGUUCCCAAUGGAACCCCCAGGUUACCUCUGGCAGGACAGGUCGUGUAGCGAGACAGCCCCUGGGCUAUGUUCUCGCAGGUUCCGGAUUACCACAACUGUUAACCAAGCAGUCACAGCGGUAACUGAAGACACAUCAACAACGACGGCAAACGAUGUCCAAACAACAGCAAACGAAGGAACGACUUCAGAGGUCCAAAAGGAAACAACGGAAAUGACGUCACCAGUAACGACGGCAAUGACAGCUACGUCAUCAUUUUACAGCCAAUCAGGGUCGGAAGUUACCGAGUCGUCUGCCACAUGUUCAGCGUGUAGUUCGACGGAACCCAACACGACGUGCUAUUGUACCUGUAAUCCAUACCUAACCCUGGACGACCCCCUGGUGAAACAAAAGAUACAGGAACUUAUCGAAACCUUGUCAAUUUCAAAGAAAAACACGUCAGCCAAUAGACGGAAGUAUAUCAGCGUGGCCGACAAUCGACCCAGUGCCAGGGGUAUCGGAUACGUUGGGGCGGCUAUCUUGGUAGCCUCUUUAGGGUCCAUCAUCCUUCUAGACUUGUCGACCUUCUUCCGUCACGCCAAACACUUGACGAUGAAAGCAACAGGUCGGGAGGACAGUCCGCGAGUCAGAUGGGCGAUACGGAAUCCUCAUUAAUCACGACUGUCGUCACGUCAAAUGUUCUUCUUGAUCAAAGGCAAUUCAUUGUACCAAACAGGGUUUCCAGAUACCUCCCACUUCCAUGUUGUGUUUCUUUCUAAGACACGCCAAAUUCAAGAAAAAAAGUGACUUCGUUCUUUCGGGAUUUUAUUGUUGUGCAUUUUGUGAAUACAAACGUUCUGUAAAGAGGUCUUUUUGAUACACGGCAGUUAAGGACAUCACUUCCGUAACUCGAGGGACGAACAGCCUCUUGAACAAAUUAAGGACCUUGUUCCAAUCAAAAGGAAUGUUACUGACUGUAGAGCUAUAUUGUGACCAGCGAACAUUUGUCAACCCUAACACCGCUGAAAUAAAUGUGUUUAAUAUCA